UCGCGAGCCGUCGUCCGUCGUAGCUAAGAUGGCGACCACGACGUCGUCGUACACUCGCACGGGCGUGCUCGAAGUGUACGCCAAACAGCAGUGGCACAAAGUGCUGGCGACGCUCGAAGAGGACCAUCUUAGCUUAUGCCUGGACGAGAGCUACGAAGUACCACCGAUCACUAAUAAUGGCACGCUUUCGGAUAGCGAACCGAGCGACAUUCCGGAGAGCAUCGCCAACACCAAGCGGGUCGUGCGAGUAGUUAAGCAGGACAACAACGGUCUUGGGAUCAGCAUAAAGGGUGGCAAAGAAAACAAGAUGCCCAUCCUAAUUAGCAAGAUCUUCAAAGGCAUGGCGGCAGACACGACGGAACAACUUUACGUCGGAGACGCCAUCCUGUCGGUCAACGGGGAAGACCUGAGGGACGCAACACACGACGAAGCGGUCAGGGCCCUCAAGCGUGCCGGCAAGGUUGUUGACUUGGAAGUGAAAUACCUGCGCGAGGUGACGCCCUACUUCCGCAAAGCGUCCGUGCUGGCGGAGAUGGGCUGGGACUUCGCACCAGGCGGCUUGCUGUCCAGGGGAACUGCGGCGGCCACGCACCCACAGGGUCGGCCUGACUGCCGGCGCGUGCCCUUGCUACUGUGCCAGUUGGCGCGCUCGCUGACCGUGCCGGAGCCGCGUGUGCUUGAACUCCAUUCCCCCGACAGGCGCAGCGUGUGCCUACUUCGUUGCGCCGAUGCGGCCCAGUGCUCCGCCUGGUUCAACGCGCUGCAUGCGGCCCUGACGCGCGUCAUGGCACAGGCCGUGGUCGAGGCUGGACACCUGCUUCGUGAUGUCCUCGACCAGGCGCAGCUUCAGCACAUGGGCUGGCUCUCCGAGAAGACACGAGAAGAUUCAGUGACAGCCCAGUGGCGUGCCGUGUUUGUUGCAAUCACGGACAGGGACCUCCUGUUUUACGACCUGGUUCCCUGGACCAAGGAGGCCUGGGCUGUGCCUGUGCACAGUGUGCCUUUGCUCCACACCAGGCUUGUGACAACAAGUUCUGGCAGGGCCUCCGUGGGACCAUCUGCUGGGAAUGAGGCAACCACACUGACUCUGCGACUUGGCACACGUCAGGGAGUGCAGUCACGGCUCAUGCGUGUUGAAACACACCGAGACUUGGCAGUGUGGGCCCGUCACCUGGUUCAUGGCGCCCAUCUUGCUGUGGCUGCUGCUAAGGAAGUACGCUUUGCUUGUCUCUUUCAAGGCCAGGAAUGCACUCUUACAUUACAUUAUGAAGAUGGCUUUCUUCUACAAGAAAACCGCAGGCAACUGACUCUUUGGCAGUUUUCAUUUGAAAGAUUACGAAAUUCUGGUGAUGAUGGCAUGCGUCUUGCUUGGCUUGACUUUGGUGGAGAAGAUGGAGAAAAGGAGCUGGACUUGAUGCAGUGCCCCAAGCCAUUUGUGUUCACACUGCACACAUUCCUGUCUGCCAAAGUAACCCGAAUGGGCCUGGUAGCGUGACAGUUACAGGACCACCACGUUAUAGCAGCUGCUUCAACUGUGCAGCAGCAAUGGCCCAUUCUGGGGUGCUGAGCCAUACGUGCUACAGCGUGGUGGCUUCCCGGGAAGAUAGCAGCUGUGCACCUGUUGCCAGGAUUGUGUAAAAAUAUGAGCCAGAGCUGCGAGUGGGUUUAGUAUGGAACCAGAACAUUACUUCUGCUUGUGAGUGCUUGGGGUCUAAUGGUUAUGGCUUCAUGCAGGUGAGGUAGCAGGUAUAUAGCUCAACUGCUGCUCUAGCUGCCAUUCGUGUCCUUGCAACCUUUCAUGGCCUGCAGAUACCCUGGCAGCAGAUGUGCCUGCACUAACAGCCGCAGGUGAAUUUUUUCUACUGCAUCGUGGUGGUCUUGCAGGCUUGUUUCCUGGGAACACACAAAUAUACAACUGGAGAGGACCCUCAGGGGUUCAGCAUUUACACAGCAUAGGAAGUUUUUACACAACUACCCUUCAGGAACACUCAAGAAGAAGCUGGGACAUGCUGCCCAUUUAACAUGCACUCCAUCAGUUGUGACCCGGUGAUUUUCUAGGGUGCAACUUUUCAUCAUUUCACACAGCAGCAUUCCUUCAAGGAAUAAAAAAGGACAUCUAUCAUAUAGUGGAAUUGUAAUGCCUUGUAUCAGUGUGUAAGGAAUGAAUGCUAACAAGUAUGCCUCUGUAACAGAGUGGCAAGCCUUUCGAAGAUUCUCUCUGCUUAUUGGUGUACUACUAAAAAAUGUGCUUGUCUUGUUAGUAGCAAGACAGAAAUCUGUGCUGCAUCAUGUGACAAGUCUUGACCGGUGGACUUGCUCCCUAUUGUUGCUGCAUUCCAAGUGCAGGUCUUACGGUCGAUGCAUUAUUGGCAUAUUGGGCAAUGCCUUACCUUCAGUUCUUUAUCAUUGUAAUGCUUAUUCUGCUCAUGUUUGUUAUGUUUUGUUGGUUUAUACAUUCAUGUCUUGCAUUUCUGUUGCUAGUUAGAAUGCAACACAGUUUCAAUUGCACUUUGGAAUAAUCUUGUUUCCUUUGUUACAUUUUGGGCACCUUUGGCUGCAUUUAUUGAUAGUUCUUAAAGAGUAUGAAAACAAUAUUUUCACAGUUGAAUAUGGCAUUAAUGCGACUUUUCAAUCAGAGCAUGAAUUUGCAAAGUAUUCUUACCUCAUUGACGAAUAACAAAUGUGUGCUCUUUUACUAUGUCUGGUGUAAUGUCAGCUAUGUUUGGUCGAAAGAAAAGUUUGGGGGGGAGUCUGCUUAGUGGCAAAGGCUCUGAAACACCAGCUAUUUACAGUGGUAAUAAGCGGGUGUAAAUUCCAUGCCUGGCUAUGCGAAGCUACAUCAGGCUGAAGCAGCUAGGAAAGACGUAAUUUUUUUUUCAUGCGUGUAUGUGCAAGUCCAUAAUAUAUAUCACAUUCGUCAGCUAGUUCCAUAAUAUAUUUUUACUUGUUCCACAUAUUUUCUCUCAAAGUAUGCAAGACUAAUGUGCCAGGUCAGGAAACCUUCAAAAUUAUUUCGUUGGUUUUACACAACACUUCAUUAGGAUGGAAUCUUAACUAUUGUUCUCCAUGAAAACAAUAGCCUAAUGACUCUUCAGCCUGAGUUGCCAACUCUUAUAGGCUUACAUGUUCUUUAAUUAGCUUACUUUCACUUUACUUUAUUGUUUGAUUUUAGAAUUUAGGGACUGUUGCUCUGCCUUAAGACUUUAUUUUUUAUUAUUAUUGUUUGUGUGCUAUUGUGAUAAGCACGAGGCGCAACAUCUGAGCAGUUGCCAGACACUAUACAGUGCAUUGGUUCUGCCUGUAAUGCUGUAUAGUUGAGUGGAAGGCAGAGUCAGCAGUGUGCCUCACAUCUUUAGUGUCUUCAAUUCUCUUCUUUUUCGGAGGCACUGCAGCCAGUGAUUUCCAUACUUAUUGGGAGAUACUGAAACAUUAAAUGAGAGUGGCAGCCUGAGGUGGAAAAAUAAGCCACCAUGCUUAUGUGAAGCUUUAUUCUGCAGAGAAAUUGUAUCUUAAGUGAUUCGUUAACACUUGAUCAUCACUUUCAUAGAGGCAAUGCCAAUGAUUCUAGAAUCGAUAGAAGUUUAUAAAUCAAAGGGCCUUUCAAAUUUUGUUCUUGCUUAAAUAGCAUCUUGGCAGUUUAUCUCAGCAUACCCGAUUGCUUGUUGCAGUCAUGCUCGUGUGUUUUAACUUGUUUUUAUUGUGACACUAUUUGAUGGCUCCUUUAUUAUUAAUAUUUUCUAUGUGUGUUCUCAGAGUGUCAACAACUUUUUAUGGCUCACUUGCAUGUCACCUGAUGUGUGCUGUCAAAAUUUAAUAUUACAUUGGAUAGGACAAAGACAACUUGGGAUUUGGUGUUCAUGUUUCAUUUAAUUAUUGGUUCUUCUGUUAUAAUGAAGCCAAAAAUGCAAAGUAUCAUCUGUAGCAUAGGUUAUAGUGAGCCAAACUGUUGUUAAUGCAUAGCAUGAAUUAUGUAUUCUGGUGUCAGCCACAGUCACCACCAGAUUUUUUAGGCACACAAUUUUUAUGACCUGUUAUAAUCAUGAGAAGCCACACUGCACACCGCUGAAUUUUUUUUUUAUUAUGGUAAGCUUGUGUGACAUUUCAAAUAUGAGAACAAUGAACAACAUUGCCUCCACAAUCUCACCAUCAAGAAUCAUACUACAAUUUUGUUUGCAAACUCCCAAUGAGGCAUUGGUAGUAAAACAUAGGGGCCUAGCAAGCACAGCUGUGACAAAGCUUUUACAACAAACAGGGGAGUAGCAGAUAAAAAGCCAUCUCGGGAAGUUUGCCAUCAUUGGUUAUAUAGCACAAGAUUACACAUAAGGGCUAUUCCAACAGCUCGUAUCUCAAGUUUUUUUUUCGUCUGAAAAAUUGGGCGCUAACUUGUGUAAGAUGAGCAAGACAGCCUGCAGUUGUCACAGGGCACGUGCCACCUCCCCACUCCCUGCAACGAAUUUCUGCCUACACCACUGCAGCAGUAGUGACUUAAAAUCAGACAUUAAGGACCUGCCUGCAUGUUUUGGUUUGUGGCUUGGCUUGGUUGAACGAUGGACAGCAUGCCAACAUGGUGGUACCGUGUCAUCAUACAUGGAUUAGUCAAUUGAUUAAUGAUGAAUCAAAAUGCAUGCAUGUAAUUGUGAAGGAGACUUUCUGCUAACCCACAAGGAGGCAUUAUGCUUACAUUUUUUUCACAUAUACUGAGAUUUCUUUUUUUUUUCUUGUUCAAUGUCACCAUGCAUGUUCAUAAAAAAUUUUGUUCAUAAGAAGGUAUUUUUGUGUCCUAUGCAACUUCAUUAUAACAAAAUGCAUCUGUAUUUUUCUAAUGAUGAUGGAGUAUAGCUGUGCUGCUUGCAUUCAUUUAGCUACUAAUUUGUAGCUAUAAAGCAGCAAUUAUAGAUAUCACAGUUUUAUUUACCUCUUUGUUCCUUUGAGGAGUUUGAUUGCAAUUGAUGUGAGAGCUUUGUCAAGAAUACUUUGCACUAUGCUAUAGGUUGCUUGUUUAAUGAACAGAUGGUUUUGACAUGCCUUAAGCUAAUGUGAGGAAUAUCAUGGAAAUUGUACAGCAUAGAAAUGGGCAUCACAGCUGCUUAUUAUGCUACACUUACCUAUUCAAUUGGAAAAAGUAGUCUUGCAUUAACAGUUGCUAAACAUUUUUAUUUCUUGUUUUUUUUUCUCUACAGACACAAUGUACUUGUGUUCUCUUGGCUCUUCAAUGUGUGCAACUGCUGUAACUUUCGGGAGGCACCAGUUGAGUAGCAAUAUACCGCUUUGUGAGCAGAUAAGCUGGAACGAUGGAAUGUAAUGGGCUCUGUUACUUCUUAAUAUGCUUUGGUUGAAGCAAAUUCUAAGAGCAGAUGUGAAGCCUUGCUAGACCAGUCAAUCACCUUUGUGGAACUUGUUAUCUACAGAGAGAUUAGCUGAAGGUCAUUGAAAUUGAUGUCUAAUCUUCUCUUGUGCAAGUUUAAUCAUUUACAAAACAUGGUAAUUCUUGUGCUGGAGCAGCUUUUGCUACUUAUAUCUCAACAAAGGCGUGGUAAUUCGGUUAGGCACCUGAAAACAGAAUUAACAAUGUAUUGACCAAUCAAGCAAAGCACAAAAAUACCUGACUACACCACAUAUUUCAUGAAAGUCAUCAUAUUGGGCCUUGUUGUUCCAUUUUUAAAUAGGGACACUGGAUUAUGUUAAAUUACGCAAAUGUGACACAAAAUGUGGUGCUUUAUUGGCCAAGCCAGCAGUGACAUCACUGUGGGCAGCAUUUGCAUUUUUGAUGAGCUGGUUUCAUAUUUAAAAGUAAUUUCACCACAUUUGGGCUUUUCAUUUAUUUCUAAUUUAAUGAAAUUCUGCUUUUGAGUAAAAGUGACAGUUAUUAUUUUAAUACUAGUACCUGUCAUGUUGGCCCACUUAAAUGUCUGCCUUUAGUGCCUUUCUCUCUCUCUCUGUUUUUUUUUUGUAGUUGAGGAGAGGGUAUUUCUUUCAAUGAAAUUAUCAUCAUUGUCACUCCCUGUUUGCUAUCUUGAAUCUUCUUUGUGUAUGUCAAGGUGUUCCUGAAAAAUAUCUUGUAUUGGCCAUAUGACAGUGCAGCUUUGACUGUGGCUGCAAUAUCUUGUUUCUAGUCACCUAGAAUUCCUAAUAAAAAGCUCAUAGCUCUUAUUUGACGCACUAAGUUGUUGUCAGUAAUCUAAACUACCACUGUAAAUGUGGAGCCUGGAUUUUCUUUACUUAUAGGAAAAGAUAUUGUAGGCAUCACUUUUAUACAAGGGACAUUUUAUUUGGUAUAUCUGUUAAUACUAUACAUAACCAAAUGUUUCCAUACACUAAAAGCAAACUUUUUAUAAGUGCUGCUUUGGCAUGUGGAGACAUGGACUUUUUAUGUGUCUUACAUCUUGUGGUCUUGUCUAUAUGUGAGAAUUGCAGCUAAUAAGCAUAAAGAAUUGUGAUGAGGACGUAUUUUCAGAACUGCAGCAAGCUCAUUGAUGUAAGCAUGUCACAGACUGCAGCAUCGUUCCUGGUUGUGAAGUUUCAAUAAUAAUUACAGAAAAGUAUGGCCAGUCUGAAGAGCCGAGUUCAGUACUGACAGUUCUUUUAAUGGAGUUGUUGCUAGUGCCUGUAGAAGAAACAGGAUAUAUUUGUCUUUUUGACUGAAAGUUGUAAGAGAAGCUCAGGUUGUCGUGAAAGUGAAUAUUUAUUGUGGGAUAAAGCAAUAAGAGCAUCUGUCACAUGGAGCACUUGUUGGUGUUCAACAAAAGAAAAAUAGGUCCUGUAAACUGGACCUUUUGUUGCUUCCAAGUACAUUUCCUUUCUGUGGACAGUGCAAAAUAAUCUGAGCACUAUGGGGGCCAGUAUUCAUUGGCUGGCAACAACCUUGUUUUUAGCCUAUGUAAAGACGCUCCCUACCUUAUAUCAUGUUGUUUUCUGUAAUAUUUCUUUUAUACGCACAAAUAAACAUUCACACACAACAAGGAAAAACUGCAUUUUUACAACGAAAAUGGUUGAAUGGACAGCAGUUAAUGCCAAAAAAGCAAUUCUAUGAAAGGAUGCAAACUUGCAUGUAUUGCUUCUAUGUCAAGGUGUGGUCAUGCCUCAAUUAACAUUUGUAUUUAUACAAAGUUUGUGUACUGUUGUCAUCAUUGUUUGCACAGCUGUAAUGUGCAUGUUUGUACACAGUGGAUCCGGGGUAAUCUUACCAGUGCACUGCAUUCGCUGUACUUUGUAUGCAACUUUUUCACUCAAGUCAAUGCACAUUGGUGCACUAUGUUGUAUGUAUGCAAAGUUUUGAAGCCUGCACAGACACGCAUAUUGCUUUAAAGGGUUCCGAAGUAGUUGUUGAUCAAGCGGGUCUUGUAUUGUGGGACUCUUUUCUCAUUAGUAUAUCAAACGGUCCAUUGAACACAACUGCUGAACUGUUACACUACUGUAGUGCUGUGUGUCAUUGCACGGAAGUGGAAUUUACAAUAAGUGCUAAGUGCCCUUAUUUGCUAGCUCUGAAUGUUUUUGUGACCAUAGGUAUUAACAGUGUUCAAAUGACCUCUUCUGCUUAUUUCAGUGCUUGCUGACAGUGCAGAUGUAGUGUUAUACUUUUGUUGUUCAUUUCAGGCCUAUUGCAUGACAUUGCCUAUGCUGCUAUUCUCUUACUAAAGAACAAACACGUAAUGUGGUGUAGUAGUCGUAUCUUUUCCUAUAUAUAUAUAUCCAUUAUGGGGAGCCUGAAGUGUUAUGGUUUCUGCGUAAGAUGUAGUUGCCUCUAUCUACAAAGCUCUGUAAAUAAGUUGAAGGAGAUUGUAAAGUUUUCAGGUUUUUAAUGUGAUGUGAGUUGCUUUAUCAUAAGCCCUUUACUGUAAGUAAGUAGUUCAUCUGUCUACCAAGCUUUGUUAUGUUUGGUAUAUACAGAAUGCACAAAGGGAGUGUCAUGGUAGCUACUACAAUGUCUAUUAUUGUUUCUGAGCUGACUUUGUGACCAGAGCUGACAUGUUCGAUAGACUAAUGAUCCUUGUUAUGUCUGCUUUAUUUGUCUUGAGAUGUGUUUGCAGCACCUUGAGCUUAACAUAUCACUGUUACUACAUUCAUUUAUAAUGUGUGCCUCAAUAUGAUACAACUGCCCACAACAUUUUAGGUUUGUUCUCAUGUCCUUCUAUUUAGAAAGGUUAUUAAAGAAUAAUUUGCGAAGUAUCUUUUCAUUCUAUUUCACUUGGUUUGAAUUUUCACUUGCCUGGGUGAUAUGGGACCUCGAAAAGCUACUUUAGCUACAGUUACUGUUUUUUCAGAUGCCUAAAAGCUUUAUCUACUAUCUUGCAUCAAACAAUCGUUCAGCUCCAAUUGUUUGUGCACUUUAUUUCAGUGUAGCAAAAUAAAUGUUUAGAUGGUUGUAUGGAAUUCUAUCA